ACGGCCUGAACGCUGAAUGGCUGCACCGCUACCUGUAUUGGCCUCUAAUUGGAUACGCGGCGCCUCCCUGGCGUGAUAGGUCAGGACCACCGCCCCCCUGGUUCCCCAUUGGCUACUCGGCGAAGCCCGGUCUCCGGGUAAGAUGGCAGCGGACGGACAGUGCUCGCUCCCCGCUUCAUGGCGGCCGGUGACCCUCACCCACGUCGAAUAUCCUGCAGGUGAUCUCUCUGGCCACCUCCUUGCCUACCUGAGCCUCAGUCCCGUAGUCAUCAUCGUCGGUUUCGUGACUCUUAUCAUAUUCAAGCGGGAGCUGCACACGAUCUCAUUCCUUGGGGGCCUGGUACUGAACGAGGGGGUCAACUGGCUGAUCAAACACGUCAUCCAGGAGCCGCGGCCCUGUGGAGGCCCUCACCCGACAGUCGGCACCAAGUACGGGAUGCCUUCCAGUCAUUCCCAGUUUAUGUGGUUUUUCUCUGUCUACUCCUUCCUUUUCUUGUAUUUAAGGAUGCACCAGACGAACAAUGCCAGGUUCCUGGACUUGCUAUGGAGGCACGUGCUCUCCCUGGGUCUCCUCACCGCGGCCUUUCUCGUCUCCUACAGCAGGGUCUACCUGCUCUAUCACACCUGGAGCCAGGUGCUCUAUGGGGGCGUCGCUGGGAGCCUCAUGGCCAUCGCCUGGUUCGCCUUCACCCAGGAGGUCCUCACGCCGCUGUUCCCCAGGAUAGCAGCCUGGCCUAUCUCUGAGUUCUUCCUAAUACGAGACACGAGCCUCAUUCCCAACGUACUGUGGUUUGAGUACACAGUAACCCGGGCAGAAGCCAGGAAUAGACAGCGCAAGCUGGGGACAAAACUGCAGUGACUGGUGAGUGUGGCUGGGUCCGGCCUCCAGAUCUGGCCUGCACCAUGCCUUGCAGGACAGACAGAAUGACAGACAGAGGGAUGAAGCAGAGACCUCUACAGACCCAAGUCACCAAGUGGAGCCUUUUUUUUUCUUAUUUUAAUUUUAAUGAACAAGGUGGACCAAAGGGCCGAGCCGGUCCAUCCCCCAGGACCCUGGAGGGCCUGCUGCCGGGGGGCCACACGGCCAGAGACCCUCGCUGUGCUGCUUCCAGCCCUGGGUCGGGCGGAGAGUGCCCUUGGUGUGGGCACUGGGGUGUGGGGUGAGAAGGGCUUGCGCCUCUGGUGGAGGGGCCAGGAGAUGCAGGUGGCGUGAAAAAUACACACUAUUUAUUUUUCGGUUUUGUCAAAGGCAGACGGGAGAAUGGAAUGGGGUCGAGAGCCUGCUCUGCGGUGGCUGCCCAGUACAAAGGGGCCCGGCGCAGCUUCCCAGGCCCUUUGCCCCACGCCCAGGGGGCAGACUGCCUCUCCCGGGGUCUGAGAGGUGGCCUGGGGGCCCAGGAGAGGGAAGCACCUCCCUGCCACCAUUGCCAUUCCAGAACCUCAUUCAGUGUUUCCUUGUCUGGGGGCCAGGGCCCAAAGAGAGCACGCAUCUGGCGGCUGCUGUCAUGUGUCCUACCCAGUACCCACCCUACACCACAAGGGCUUUCUCUGGUCCCCUGUCCCCAAGACAAUGGUCCCUUUCUGACAAAAGAGCCUGCACAUGUGGGUGCACAAACCCAAGCUGUUUACAGCUCUUUUUUGUCCUGCCAUCCGGGAGCAGUUAGUCUUCAUCUCCACGUGAACAAAAUGCAGAGGAACCAGGAGCUGGGUGAGAGGAGUGGGGUGGUGGGUGCCCAAUGCCCCGCUCUUCCCUUCCUUCUGUGUGCUGUGAACAUUCCUUGUCCUUCCUGACCCCCUCUGAGAGGCUAGGAACCUCUCCAGCCUGUGUCUGGGGUGUGGUUCACAGAUCCCCACUGUCCAGCUCAGAGGACGACAGCCCCUCCUAACGGGACUCGAUCUCUGAAGUCUCUCUGAAUCGGAGUCGUGGAGCGCACAUGCUUCCAGACUCUUAGAAACUUCUAGGACUGAACCAGGCUGCUUGGGACCUGUGUGCGAAUCCCUCCCCCCUUUUCUUUGUGGAGGUUCCUAAUCUGCUGCUGAAGCACAAUAUUUUGGUGCUUUCUUUUCUCAUUUGUUAAAGACAGUGUCCAAAAGCCAUUCCAGAUGCCAGGACCAGGGGCCUAUUUCUGGGGAAGGUUGGUCAGUCCCCACAUUUUCUUCCCCUUCCCUUCUUAUUUUUUACUUUUUGCCUAAGACAAGCCAAGUGUGAGGUGGUUUAAGAAAAAUCAGUGAAAUUGUUUACUAUUGUUUUAAAAUAAAAUCUUGAACUCUGGCA